UGUGCAUCCCGCGAAAAGCGACCUUGCGGCGUGCGCAAAUGGAAGCACUGACGUGCUAGAGAGACCACUCUUUGUUCAUGCGACGCAAAUGUAGACUGCAGCUUCGCACAACUUGCGGCAGCAAAUCGAGGCUGCUUAUCCUCGACCUCGUGGCUUCCAGGAAUAUAUUCCUAAAAUGUACAGGGAAGUGUUCGCGCUCCUGCUCGUGGGCAUUGCCAUUGUAGGCGUGCAGUCACAGGGCCGCAAACGCAAGUGCAGACAAAACGAAGAAUUCGUGAAGGGAUACUGGCCCCGGCACGACGUGUUUUGCAAGCCCUGGCUCGCGCUGCCCACAGAGUUGAACAAAAUACACUGGUGUGUCUGCAAAAAAGGUUACGUUCGCAAUGCUUGGGGAAGCUGCGUCAAUCUGAGCGACUGCUUGAGCUGCUCCGGCCAACUUCACCAGGACUUCGACCUCUGCGUUUCGGCGUGCCCCAUCGUCUGCGGCAAACCGGUGCCGAAGGAGUGCGAGUUGAAAUGCACCGCGGGAUGUGCCUGUGCCCCGGGUUACGUUCGUCACCCUUCCCACACCAACGUAUGCGUGCCAGCCAUCCAGUGUCCACCGCAGUGCCCGCGCUUCUCGACUUUCGAGACGUGCUCGCCGGUCUGCGAGCAAACGUGCGAUCGACCUAAACCACGCGAGUGCCGCACCAAGUGCCACAACGGCAAAUGCGUCUGCUGGCCCAGCUUCGUCAAGGCGUUGUGGAAAGGCGAGGAGUACUGCGUGCCUCCGUUGCAAUGUCCAGUCGAAGAAUGAAGGCGCGCUUAACACACGCGCACUGCAAAACGUCCACGCCAGAUAUGCCGGUUCUGUCUUGUUUGUGCAAAGAGGACGGCUCGUGGAACAGCUGUACCAUUUGUGGCUCAAUAAAGAAAAUCAACGAAUUCCUUCAA